ACGGGCAGUCGUCGUCGGCGCGGGUGGGGGAAGAAGGGCAGCAGCGUUCCGCUGUCACGACCACUCACAAAGUGACUUUUCAAAGGGCGCCCCCCACCACCGCCCUUUCUAGUCCUAAACGCGACGGAAGGGUCUCGGGCGCGCGAUGUAAACAGUUCAAAGGCAGCUCUCGUCGCGUUCGGGUCUCCGUGCUGUUGCUGAACGCCGACAUCGGCUAUGAUCGGCUUUGUUACAGAGUCGCUUGACGGCGAUUCUCGCUGAUGCUGCUGCCGGUGAAAAGAGAAUAAGAAUUGUUGAGAGGAAAUUGCAGGAGAUCGGUAGUUUUUUGAGGUGUCGGUGAAAUAAUUGUGAUUAUUCGUUUGGUGCUGAGAGGUUGAAGUUGAUGAAAGUGACUUAAACUAUUUUCGUCGAAGUGGAAGAGAAUUUUUGUGGGAUUGAGGAGCAGGACAUGAUUUUCUAAAAACGCUAUUUAUUUGCAAAAAUGAGAAGCAAGAGUGUUCCGGUGAACUUGUUGAUUAGGAAGAUACACACAGCUUUAGGGGAAGGAGGUGAAGAGGGUUCACCAGACGAAGGGGAGAAACUAGAAGGGGAGGAGGACGGAGGUUCCGCUACACCAACUUCCAAUUCUCCAACUCCGCCGGAGGAAGAAGCUCAAUCUCCGCAUCCUGGAGAUGUUCCAUCUCCUACGAGUCCUAGAAGUCUAAACGAAGAUUCAACCCUCAUAAGGGAAUCGACCUCCAGGUGUAACUCACGGGAUUCCUCCGAAUCGCAACUGCUUUCUCGUUGCCCGUCUGGUGAAAGCGAAAGAAUGUUAGCCGAACGUGCAGCUCUACUUCAAGGCGUACCUUUGGGUGCAUCUUUAAGCCCGGUUGGUGUUGCGCUACCACCCUCCAUUCCCGCGGGACUCUUACCGCCUCAAUCCGCGGCGAUGGCUGCCUACCUUAAUGCAGCCGCAGCAGCGGCAGUUCAAUCUCACAGGCUUAUGAUGACGUCGCCACUUCCUAGCUUUACACGAACUCCAAUCUCACCAUUAAUAAGUGCUUCGAGUCCUCCUGGAGUUUUAAACUCAUCAAAUGUAGCUGAUCUAUCCCAGAGUAUGGCAGAAGGAAUACUUGAUUUCAGUAGAAGAACUAAAAGUGAAGAGACUGAUAAUGACUGUAUUAAUUUAAGAAAAUCAGAAACACCUCCUGCUGUCGAAUCUGGUAAUGGACCGUUAGACUUGUCCUUUAGUAGUAGAAAAAGAACAUCGGAAGAGCCUUUACCUCAACCUCCGCAACGGAAACCAAAAAUGGAAUUUAAACCAACCAUUCCUCAGUGGCCACCGGGUCUCGGUGCUCAACAUUUACCCUAUUUUGCUGCUGCAGUAGCUGCAGCCGGUUUGUCGCCUAAGAAUACGCCAGCGGAAUUAUGGAACGGUAAAAUUAAACAUUCAGCUCCAGCACCUAGUGAGGCUACUAAAGCUUUGGAGAAAAUGAGUGAGCUGAGUAAAUUAGGAGGAGAUGAUAUUUUUCGAACAAUGGCGGCCAGUGCAGUUCCGGGAAACUCAUCUAGUAAUAGGCAUAGUGCUUGGCAAAGUCACUGGCUAAACAAAGGAGCCGAGCAAGCAAAAGACGUACUUAAAUGCGUAUGGUGUAAACAAAGUUUUCCCAGUUUAGCAGCUUUGACAACCCAUAUGAAAGAAGCCAAGCAUUGUGGUGUCAAUGUUCCCGUCCCUCCUAUGCAAUCAAAUAGUCUGCCACCGCAGUCUCCUAUGACUUCACCGUCGAAUACUAACUCCAAUACAUCAUCUUUAAGUACCGGUAAACCAAACCAAUCUGACUUGAAUAUGCUUAUUAAGGAAACAAUGCCAUUACCAAGGAAGCUUGUUCGCGGGCAAGAUGUUUGGCUUGGUAAGGGAGCUGAACAAACCAGACAAAUUUUAAAGUGCAUGUGGUGUGGACAAAGUUUUAGAUCGUUGGCCGAAAUGACUAGCCAUAUGCAGGAAACUCAGCAUUACACAAAUAUAAUUUCUCAAGAGCAAAUCAUUUCGUGGAGAUCCUCAGAUGACGCCAAAGGAGGAAGCAGCAGCGGGCCAAACAGCCAAACUCCUCCUGGAAGCGCAAGUAGUCACGUCAGUGCGGUCUUGACUUGUAAGGUUUGCGAUCAAGCGUUUAGCUCUUUAAAAGAAUUAAGUAAUCAUAUGGUAAAGAAUUCUCAUUAUAAAGAACAUAUUAUGAGGUCAAUAACUGAAAGUGGAGGACGAAGAAGACAAACCAGAGAAAAACGUAAAAAGUCUUUACCAGUCAGGAAACUUCUGGAGUUAGAAAGGGCACAACAUGACUUUAAAAAUGGUGACAGUACCAGUAUUUUAGACAAAAUGCGAGAUCCAACAGGUGCUGGGAGAAUAACGUGCGAAAAGUGCGGUAACAAAAUUGAGACUACCAUGUUCGUAGAUCACAUAAGGCAAUGCGUUGGUGGCAUGACGAGUAAUCAAAGAAAUUUUCUUAAAAGCGCUCUCAUGUCCAACAAUAUACUUCCACCCGAAAGUCCCGAACGAACCAAAAUGAAAACACCAUCAGAUAAAUCACCGUCACCACAACAACGGUCUCCUUCUGUUUCGGACACCAGCAACAAAGAAUCAAACCCACCUUCUGAAACAAACAAUGGGUCAAGUCCAUCGGUCUUAAAUGCCAUCGAAAAACUGAUUGAGAAAAGUUUCGACUCGAGGACAAGGCAAAACCCUGGAUACGCUGGCCAUGGUCAUACUCAAGCGCCCAUGGGUUCGAGCAUACUUAAGAGACUGGGGAUUGAUGAAAGUGUUGAUUAUACAAAACCAUUGGUUGAUGCCCAAACUAUGAAUCUCUUAAGAAGUUAUCAUCAACAACAGAGUCAUUACGGACGACGUGAAAGGAGUGGUAGUGAAUCUAGUUCGAUGUCGGAGAGAGGUAGCAGUAGGGUGGAUUCUUUAACACCAGAAAGAAAAAUGGAACCACCCGGGAUACCUUUGAGCAGUACACCUCGCUCUACACCCGAUAUUAAAAGAGAAAAAAGUCCGUUUGUAGAGAAGCCAGAACGUGGAAAAGACAGCGAAUCUAUUGAAGCUGCCGUCGUUGUAAAGAAGGAAAUUGAAGAUGACGAACAAAAACCGUUAGACGCUUCAGCACCGGUAGAACUAAAAAUUAAAAAAGAGAAGGAGGACGAAAAUGAAGAAGAUGAACGGCAUAGCUUUCAUAGUAACGGUGAAUUGACUAAGGAGGAGGACGAGAAAAGGAGGAGUCGUACAUCAUCUCCUCAGACCUCUACUGUUGAACCAUCUCAGUCUACUAGUCCUUGUCGUAAUUCUACAAGCAGUCCGGCAAGCAGUGACAGGUCUGGUACACCUCGAAGCACAACAAGUGACCGGAAGAGUGCUGGUGGUAGCUUAGGAGCUCUCAGUUCCAUGUUUGAUAACCUCUCCGGAGCAAACAGUUCUGGCGAACCGUCAACUAGUACUGGUAAAAAGGGCUCCAGCCACCCUUUAGCCGCACUACAAAAACUUUGCGACAAGACUGAAACACAUACUAAUAACCGAACCCACCCGGCAACAGUGACUUCAGCAAACGUAGCCAGUACUACGCCUAACGCAGCAGGCACUACUCCAGGAGCGAUUUUAGCUUUCAGCUGGGCAUGUAACGAUGCCGUUAUGACUCCCGAUUCGAUUAUGAAGUGUGCGUUUUGCGAUACUCCUUUCAUAUCCAAAGGCGCGUAUCGACAUCAUUUGUCAAAGAUGCAUUUUGUUAAAGACGGUGUCAUUCCGGACCCUAUCGCGGUCAAGGCGACGGGUCAAAGUUCAAGUAGUAGCAGCAGUACGAGCGUAGGUGUGCCAUUAAAAGGUACCAACGUUCUUCCGGGUGCGAGUACCUCGACGGUGACUUCUAAAAGUCCCCCGGCUACUGGCAGCUUUGAAGAGAGUCCGCAUUCUAAAUUCCUUAAGUAUACCGAAUUGGCCAAGCAGUUGUCUAGUAAAUACGUGUAAAUAAUGUUAAAUACAUUCCUCUUUUUUUGUAAAGAUACAGUUAGGUAGUUUUGAAGGCGAACGACCGGUAGAGUCGGUACAUUGUGAUGUUAUCAUAUCGUCAAAACAGAGAAAAACCAGUAGUAAUACGAUGUAGUAUAGCCAUUCAGGUUGUAAAGUUUUUGCAAACGCAAAAAAAUCAGUGAUUAUCAUUGUUAUACGAAUUUCAAGUCAUAACUUUGUGUAUAUAUUGUAUAAGUCAGUAUUCUAAGGAUACAUUUAAUUUUCUCAAUGAAGCGUGCUCACCGCUGUAAAUUUGAUUUUCUCUUGGAGGGUACUUAUAAUAAGAUAAUACGAAAUUUGAAUAAAAUCAAAAAAUAUAUAAUUAUUUUAAAAUUUCUGUACAAACUCUAUACUAGGUUUGGCAAAACUACCACCUGAUCCGUACUAUUUUUCUCAUAAUAAUUCUGGAUGGAGUUUUGCCGAGAAAGUUUAGUUUACAGCGGUGUGUUCUAUCUCGAUAAGAUAAACUCUAGUUGUUGGUGACAAACCAGAAUCGUUUAAAGUAUUAACAAAAGUCGUAGUUGUAAAUCUCAUUUUGUUUCGAACAAAUUUUUAUCUUCCUUUUUCAGUGAAACUGUUUUUCGAAAAUAAUUAAAAUUGUAGAUUUGUGAUGGUGGUCUAUUGUAAAUAUAAACAAAGUCAUCUCUAAAAAUUACUUUUUCGAUGUGACCUAUAUAAAUUUAAAUUAUUAAUAUGUGUGGGAUUAUGAGAAAAAUAAACAAAAAUUCGCGUUUUAUAAAAAGAAUUUGCAAUAAACUACUUUCAGAAUCUCAAAAACUAAGUAUACGUAUGUCGUAAAUAUCUCUUCUUCCAUGAAAAGUUUUAAGAAAAAUGACUAUUUAUCAAUAAUUAUACUACACUGAAUAAUACAAAAAAAUGUAUACGCAUUAGCUGAUAAUCUUGGCAAAGCUCUUUUAUGUUAUAUUGAAAAUUUUAAACUUAUUUAAUUAUUUUGUUGUAUUUGAUCGCAAUGA